UUGUUUCCGUGGGGAGGAAUUACCACGAGACACUCUGUCAGAGAAGCAUGGCAAGCAAGGACUGUAUUGUUGUCACUGUGAAGUAAUGCAGGGGUAUGGCGAAACAGGAGGCAGACUGGAUAGACUGUUACUCAGUGCUUGGAGCAAACCCAGGAGAUAGUUUACAAGAACUGAAGCAAAAAUAUCAGAAACUUGUCCUUCUGUAUCACCCGGACAAGCAGAGCCAGGACGCGGCCGCCGUGGAGGCCCAUCAGCACCUGCAGAAGUUCAUUCAGGUGGACCAGGCCUGGAAGAUCCUCAGCAACGAGGAGACCAGGAGAGAGUACGACCUGCAGCUGCGCGCCCGAGAGCUGAAGCAGAGUUGGCCUGUGGAUGCACAGAUUUCACUGGAGGACAUGGACUGGGACAGCGAUACCGAGUCCUACACAUAUGGCUGUCGCUGUGGAGGAGAAUUUGUGAUUGGGAAAGAGGAGCUGGAGGAAGCAGAGGCUAUCGUGUGUUGUGAUACUUGCUCUCUCAGCAUUGAGAUCAGGAGGACUACCUGAACACUCCACAAAGAGAUUCCUCCUCUGAAUAAAACAAACGGAGAUGGAUAUUUAUGAUAGUCUGCCUGAAGAGGACAAAGAAAGGAAGAUUCAUUUGCUUCAUUCAGGUGCAUUUGAAUAGUGCCAUACAAAGUUGGUGUAAAGCUUUUCUAAAUUCGCUUUACAAGGUCCUAUCUUAGAGGGAAGCAUGAACUGACGAAAAUGACUGAAAAUUCUGCCUUAGGACUGAGUCUUCAGUGAUAUCGAGGCGUGUCCGGAUUGAAUGCAAGCAUUAACCGCAGACUUUGAAGGUAACUUCAUAUUGCCUAAUUUUAAGUGUAUCAGAGAUGGAUCCUUAAGGUGUGUGACCUUCUUAAGCUGUGAAGGCAGCAUGUCACUAUACCUUCCUGCUUUGGACACAGCCAUGAUGAUCACCCCCUGGAAGCCAUUUGUGUCUUCAUUAUUACAAACUACAGUGUGUGCACUGAUGUUUAAAAACUCCCUCACAUGAUAUGAUACAAAAAACACAACAUAUACUUUCAGGGAAGUGUUUACAUUAGUUUGAAAUAAUCAUUAUGAUUACUUUAGCAAACUUGUUAUUAUCACUUGUUUUUAAAUGGAAAAACAUGCAUGAAUUACGUAUGUAAAUUAUUCAAUAAAUUAUGCUUGAU